UCUGUUUGACUUCGACCAUAAGAAGCAGGAAAAUCAGUCCAGACUGUUUGCUCAGACAGUUCACCGGAUCAGAUCGGGAAUAAAGCUCUACCAGCAUGUUCUGUUUCAACGCGGCACCAGCAUGAUGAACUACAUCACUCAACUGAACUGCAUCGCAGACAAACUAGACAAGACGGUGAAGAACACACGCAUCGCAGGCAUCACGGGCGGCGCCACAGGGGCCGUCGGAGCAGCGGCCAUAGUCGCAGGCAUCGCUCUGGUGCCCGUGACCUUCGGAGCGUCGCUGGCAGUGUCAGUGAUCGGCGUCGGUGUGGCCGCAGCUGGAGGAGUCACUGGAGCGUCGGCCGGCAUCCACAAGAAAGUCAAAAAGACUCAGGACAGGAAGAAGGUGGAGGAAAUCCUGAGAAACUAUCAGUCCCAGAUGGAAGACAUGGAGAAGUGUCUGAAGUUCAUCAUCACUGGGAUGAAGCACCUGAGAAGAUUUGAGCUCUCAGGGCUUGCGGUCAGCAAUGACGCAGUAGACGUCGUGAGGCUGGCAGAGCAGUUCGGAAACUGUGACGUCAUUGAUGCUCUAAGUGAAAACACUCAUGCUGUACAGGCUUUCGCUUCAGAUCUGGAUUCAUACUUCACUAAAGAGGACACACAGAGGCUGAAGAAAGACUCCGAGAGCCUGUUCGCCGCUAAGGUUCGCGAGGUGGCUCUGAAACUCAAAGAGAACAUUGACCAGCUCAUACGCAUUAAAAACAUGUUUUGCUGAUCAUCUUUAGAAGAGAGUUUGUGUUAACCCUUUAAGACCGGAUGGAGCGCCCGCGCUCCCAUUUGCGUGUCUCUCUUUAAGAGCCAAUAAAAACUGAACCCAUAUAGGUAGCACAAAAAAUCUUUUUGCAUACAAAACCAGAGACUUUACUCGUUCAGAUGAAGCCUCCCACAUGCGCACAGAUCACAGAAAAUGGCACAUCAUUAUUUAAAGCAGAUUCUCAUGAUUAAAAUGAACAUAAUAUACUGCAUUGAUCACAAGAUAUUACUCACGGAAUGAUGUAACAUACUUGGCUAAAAACAUGUCUCUCAUCUUUCCGGUAUGCAGUGUGUAUCCAAUGUUCCCUGAACCAUCCAUGUUCGUUUUCCAACGUGGAAUAACACAAAAUAAAUAUAAUUUUAAAGCUUAGAAACUCAGCUUUUUAAUGCAUCUAAUCAUUUUGAAAAACUCCUAAAGAGUGCUGAGAAGUGCCUCUAAACCAGAGUUUACCGCCCGUGGGCGCCAUCUGGCUGCGAAAAAAUGAAUAACGCUUUAUUCAACUAUAUGCUAUCACCACAAAAUUUGAACCAGAUGCAGCUCACAUAUAGGAGAGCAUCACCAAAAAAGAAUUUAUUUUACUUAUUGCCUUCCUGAGUUAUUCCAUGUCAAAUAAAAAAAAUACUUUUGUGUAUGUCGCUCAGAAAAAAAAAAAAAAACUCUAAAAAAGCCUUCAGGUCUUAAAGGGUUAAAGAGCGUAUCAAAUUACAUGACAUUGUUGACGUGUUUCCAACUGAAACAGAAAGUCCACAGCUCUGAAUUCAAGGGUUUAUGGUGGCACAUGAAAAUGAGACAUUCUCACCCUGUCAGACACAUUUUGCAUAUGUCCCUCAAACAAGACACUGCAAG